GUUUCGCGCUUUAUUUUGAAAAUUUAAAUCCAACCAAUAGUUGAGUGAGAAUGGUUUCAGCACGUGUUGAAUCUGAGCCAAUCAGAAGCGAUCCCGCCCCUGUCAGUCUCUUUAUAAAGCCGCUGUUCGCUAUCGGGACUCAUGUCUUCAGUUAGAAACGUGAAGAAAGCUCCUGAGCUACAAUGGCCAGAACCAAGCAGACCGCUCGUAAAUCCACCGGAGGAAAGGCUCCCAGGAAGCAGCUGGCUACCAAGGCUGCCCGUAAGAGCGCCCCGGCUACCGGUGGAGUGAAGAAGCCUCACCGCUACAGGCCCGGUACCGUGGCUCUGAGAGAGAUCCGCCGCUACCAGAAGUCUACGGAGCUGCUGAUCCGCAAGCUGCCCUUCCAGCGUCUGGUGAGGGAGAUCGCUCAGGACUUCAAGACGGACCUGCGCUUCCAGAGCUCUGCCGUGAUGGCUCUGCAGGAGGCCAGCGAGGCCUACCUGGUGGGUCUGUUCGAGGACACCAACCUGUGCGCCAUCCACGCCAAGAGGAGAACAAUGAGUGGACGCGGCAAAGGAGGUAAAGGACUCGGGAAAGGAGGCGCCAAGCGGCACCGUAAAGUCCUCCGUGAUAACAUCCAGGGAAUCACCAAGCCCGCUAUCCGCCGCCUGGCUCGCCGCGGUGGAGUCAAGCGUAUCUCGGGCCUCAUCUACGAGGAGACCCGCGGUGUGCUGAAGGUCUUCCUGGAGAACGUGAUCCGGGACGCCGUCACCUACACCGAGCACGCCAAGAGGAAGACGGUCACCGCCAUGGAUGUGGUGUACGCUCUCAAGAGGCAGGGCCGCACUCUCUACGGCUUCGGAGGCUAAAGCAGCAGCAGCUCAACCAGCAACCCAACGGCUCUUUUAAGAGCCACACACAUUUCUUUAAGACAUUA